UUUUCCAAGCGUGCCGCGGCAGAUUCCAACACUUCCGAGCCCAGUUCCAAUCGUGCCGCGGCAGGGUUUCAUCCCCACGAUUCCUCACUCAUCCCCACCAAUCCACACUCAUCCCCACCAAUCCAUACCCAUCCCUACCAAUCCAUACUCAUCCUUACCAAUCCAUAAUCAUUCCUACCAAUCCCCACCCAUCCAUGCCAAUCCUCACUCAUCCCCACCCAUCCACACUUCUUUGGUGGGAGAUUCUGGUUCUCAGAGGGGUCCGACGUCGUCAGGCGGGUAGUCAUCAUUCACUGGAUGUUUCAACCUUGUCCCGCUACAUCCUCGUGCUGACCGGUCAGCAUUGGUGGCCCUUCACUGCUCGUCUCGCCCGUCUGGUCUCCAAUUCUGCUCGUCUCUAUUGAGCCACAGCCAACAGGAGGCCUUUUCACCAAGCACAGUAGGGGUAUUUUCGAUUUUAAACAACACUAGCAGGCAGAUGUGCAAAAGUUUGGUGUGACAGGUCGUUCAGUGUAAUAUAACCAGCUGCUGCUGCGCCGCUUGCUUGCGAAGCUGGUGUGUUACGCCGAAGGGCGGUUAUACCGGCUAUAUAGAUACAGGUACAGAAUCGAACUGUUAACAUAAGAGGACCAAGUAUGAAUUACACUGUAACAUUCUCUUAAAAUUUCGUUCCAGUUAGGCGGACAUGCCGGGCACAUUCAUAUCUACAAAAGCCAAGAAGAGCAGGAUAGCUUUCUUGUUGGGGCUAGCUGUCGGCAUUGUGCUGAGUCAGCUAUUCGGGUUCCAUCUUGGUGACGUCAGAUACUGCCGGCCAAUAAGGUGCAUAGGAAAUCCACAAGAUUCAGAGAUCAGUGCCAGAGAUUUCAGGAAAAGCGUCGAGUCUGAAUUUGCAUUACUGGAGAGGCCUUUAAGGCCAGAUGACACAGCCCGUGCACCCUCCCAGCCGCGGAAGAUAUUGCUGGACUGCGGCGCAAACGUCGCCUCCACUGUACAGCUGUUCCGUGAGACCUACCCGGGUGGGAAGGACUUCCUCAUCCACUCCUUCGAGCUGGACCACCGGUUGGCGCCGUACUUCGCCCCGUACUCCAACCACGUCUUGCACUGUCCCAUGGCGGUGUCGGACAAAGACGGAAACAUGACGGCGUACACAGAGGCGACAUGGUUUCCAGAGCGAGGGUUGAAGCGCGGCGUGGACAUGCAGUGGGGCGGGGGAAGUCUGUUCGUGUCGGAAAGAGAGCGGGAGAGCAAAGAGACGGGCGGAAAGCGACUGUUUUCCUACCGGCACACCGUACCAACCAUCGACCUGUCUAAAUGGAUACAGGAAAAUACCAACCAGGAGGAUUACGUCAUCUUUAAGUUGGACGUGGAAGGCGCUGAGUUCGACAUUCUGCAAAAGAUGUUGGCGGAUGGAACAUUCAAAUGGGUGGACAAGUAUUACGGCGAGUUCCACUUGAAUCAAGCCGUCAAAGAAUGGGGUAAAACCUCGAAGAAGAAAUUAAUCAACGAAUUGAAGAGCAAGGGCAUCGCUAGUUCCAUGCAUACACCGUCUUGGUCUGCGGAGACCAGAGAGUACAAAGAUCUCGACGAUUUGCAUCCACCGAGUCAAGUAGGUUAUAACGUCUGGCUGAAAUAUCCUAUAUGCUUUGGGCUACAAUGCCAUAUUUAAGAUUAAAAAGAAACGUAUUGAAGUGUGGUAUAAACACGUUUUUGCUUGAAUUGUGUUGUUUGGGUAGUAUCGGAGAAUAUGGCCGUCUCGUAAGAGAUCAAAAUCAACAUGACCGCGCCCAUCGACCAAGGGUAUGACAGGACAGGUUUGCGAAUCUUACCUGUUUGGACAGUGUUUAAAAAACCGAAAUGGCCGACCAGUUCUUAAAAAAAAAAACAAUAUGGCGGCUCCCAAUGAAAUGGAAUAGGUUUUAUUUCAUGUGCCUUUCAAAACCUGUAACGCUAGUUCACAUUUAGCUGCGGGGUAUUCUAUAUCCGUUUUUAUUAAAACAGAGUAUAUAUGGAUAUCAAGUGGACGGACGGUGGUUAUUUUUUAAAAUUCUAUUCAGAGUUGUUUUGUGAGCAUAGGAAAAGAAGCAUAUAUACUUAUGUGGGUCUUCUGCUCAGUAAACAUAAAACAAAUAACAGUCAAAGUCAAAGUCAACGGGAACUACAACAAAUACAAAGGUUGACAUUGAAAAGGCUAAAUGACAAUCAACGGAGGAAAAGUAAUAAUUGCAGAGUUACAAUGAAAACGAACUACGGUGGUUUCGAACUUCAAAGACGUUCAAAAAAAUUGAAACCCCUUGUCGUUU